CACACUCACUGCCUCAUCAUCUCUAAUUUAUAAACCAAACACUGCCUUCUCCUUAAUAUUAAUGUUCACACUCAACACCACAGCUACAACAAACUAACACAACAACAACAGUUACACACGCACGCGCACACACAUUCUCUCUCUCUCUCUCUCUCUCUCUCUAUGGUCUGGAUUUUGAAAUUGUUUUUAGGGUUAUUGUAUUGUAUGAGGUGAGAGCAUUAACAGAUCUCCGAUGGCGAGCACCCACAUUGGGAGCGUCGGUGACUCCGACGCCAAACACACCAAAACUCGCCCCAAGAAACCCUCCGACGACUUCAUCACUCUCUUCCAUGGCUCCGAUCCGGUCCGCGUCGAGCUCACGCGCCUCCAAAAUGAACUCCGAGAGAAAGACAGAGAGCUUGGGGAGGCUCUUGCGGAGAUUAAGUCCUUGAGGAACUCUGAGCGUCUUAAGGAAAAGGGGGUUGAAGAGCUAACAGAUGAGCUGAACAAGGUGGAUGAAAAGCUAAAAGCAGCUGAAGCUCUUCUGGAAAGUAAGAACCUUGAAAUAAAAAAAAUCAAUGACGAGAAAAAGGCAGCAUUGGCUGCUCAAUUUGCUGCUGAAGCCACACUUAGAAGAGUUCAUGCUGCUCAGAAAGACGAUGAAAUGCCUCCUAUUGAAGCUAUUAUAGCACCCCUGGAGGCAGAGCUCAAGCUUGCUAGGAUGGAGGUGGCGAAGUUGCAAGAUGACAACAGAGCCCUAGAUCGGCUAACCAAAUCUAAGGAGGCUGCACUUCUUGAGGCUGAGAGAACUGUUCAUAUUGCUUUGGUCAAAGCAUCCUUGGUUGAUGAUCUGCAAAACAAAAAUCAAGAGUUAAUGAAACAGAUUGAAAUAUGCCAGGAGGAGAACAAAAUCCUGGACAAAAUGCUUCGGCAAAAGGUUGCUGAGGUUGAAAAGCUAACCCAAACUGUUCGUGAGCUUGAAGAGGCUGUCUUGGCUGGUGGGGCUGCUGCUAAUGCUGUCCGUGAUUACCAGCGUAAAGUGCAAGAGAUGAAUGAGGAAAGGAAAGUUUUGGAGCGGGAAGUAGCUCGUGCCAAAGUUACUGCAAACAGGGUUGCGACUGUAGUUGCAAAUGAGUGGAAAGAUGCUAAUGAUAAAGUGAUGCCCGUAAAGCAGUGGCUAGAAGAAAGAAAAUUUUUUCAGGGUGAAAUGCAACAAUUACGUGAUAAAUUGGCUAUAGUUGAGCGCACGGCAAAAGCAGAAGCACAAAUGAAGGAAAAAUAUCAGUUACGCUUCAAAGUUUUGGAAGAGAGGAUUAAGGCAUCUAAUGGUAAUUCCAAAUUCACAGCAUCAGAUGGAAGAAACAUUGUCAGUGGGCCUUCACGGCGUCAGUCUUUUGGUGGAGCUGAGAGUUUCUCCGCAUCCUCUUCCAAUGGAUAUCUCGCAAGGAAAAACUCAAUUUCAAAAUCAGGGUCUCUAAGAUCAAAUAGUGCUAAUGUGUUACUAAAGCAUGCCAAACUUUCAUCUAGAUCAUUUGAUGGUGGUAGUAGAAACCUGGAGAAAGAGAGACAGACUUCAAAUGCAAAUGGACUAGAUAACAUGUCAACCAACACCAAUGAUCAGGCCAUCACUAGUGAGACAAUUACUGCACAUGAGAGUGCAAAUGGUGCUCCAAUUGAAAAACCAAAAGCAGAAAAUGAGGACUGUGUUUCAGGAAUGCUGUAUGACAUGUUGCAAAAAGAGGUUAUAUCCCUGAGGAAAGCUUGUCAUGAAAAAGAUCAGACUCUUAAAGACAAGGAUGAUGCGAUAGAGAUGUUGGCAAAGAAGGUUGAUACGUUGAACAAAGCUAUGGAAGUUGAGGCCAAAAAAAUGCGUAGAGAAGUAGCUUCCAUGGAAAAGGAGGUUGCUGCUAUGCGGGUUAGCAAGGAACCUGAUCGCAGGGCUCGGCGAGCAAGUGCUCCUAGGGGAGCUGUAAAUUCCCAGCCAAUUUUUACCAGGAGUGCGCGUAACUUCUAGGGAAAUUCAUUUGGCCGUGUUUGUGAUCCUGUGAAAGGAUGACCAGACAAACAGGUAUCUCUUUGAAUUCUUCCCCCUGUGCUGAAUAGAGUUGUUGACUUAUUAUUUUUAUUCUCUUCUUUCUAUCUCCUGUAUGUAAAGCUGUUUAGCUGUCUCGGCCAGGGGUAGUGUGUAAAGACGGGACCUUGUGUUUUGCAGGGAAUCCAUGUCUUGUAUAUUUUUUUGUAUACCAUCUUCAAAAAGGAAACUUAGAAUUAGUGGUUCCAUGUGAUUUGUGCAAGUAUCUGAAUAUGGCUUCCUCAAAGUUAGUUCAAAAUACAAAGUGUCAAGCUUGUGCUGCACCUAAUCUGGAUUUUGAUUCUGCUCUAAAAUGGAUUGAA